AUGAGUCCAGCACAGCUUCAAUACGAGUCUCGAUGGUUUCACGGACCGAAAUGGUUGAUGUUGGACAACCAGUACUGGCCCAAUUCGGCACAGAUCGACGAAGGCAGUCUCGACCAGGCAGAUUUAGAGGAGAAAGGGAUUGUCGCGGUCCUCCCCGCCGUUUCCCCUAGUGAGAUCUUCGGACUUCGUUCGUCGCUGGUGGAUCUAGUUCGGCUGACUAUUCACAUUCGACGGUCCAAGUGGAAUUCAUCGCCGGCGAAUCGGUCCUGUCGGAAAGUAGGCUGCAUCACGUCCCAGGAGUACGACGACGCAGUAAAGGAGAUGGUGAAGCUAUCGCAGCGGGAAAGCUUUCCACAGGAAUUCGCAGACAUCGCUCGACACGGGCAGGUACAGGAGUCCUCCAGAAUUUCAAACCUCAAUCCCCAAUUAGUUGAAGGCGUAUUGUGCGUUGGCGGCCGGCUGAAGAACGCGGCUGUUCCGGAUGGCAGGAAGCAUCCGUACAUACUCGACCAUCGGCAUCCUUUCACGAGAAUCGUCGUAGUCUAUUACCACCGCAAAUACUUCCACGCUGGUCAACAGCAGAUCGUCACAGCAAUCCGAGAACGAUUCUGGCCAACGAGCGCCAGGAAUCUCGCAAGGCAGGUUAUCCACGAAUGCGUGCAGUGCUUUCGUGCGAAACCGAAAAUCCAGCAGCAACUGAUGGCCGAUCUACCCCCCGAGCGAGUAAGGCCAUGUUUCCCGUUCCAGAAAGUUGGUGUCGAUUACUGCGGUCCGUUCCACGUGGUGUACCCGCAGCGUCGAGCCCGACCGAUCAACUGCUUCGUAGCAGUCUACGUGUGCCUAGUUACCAAAGCGGUGCAUUUGGAGCUAGCGGCCGAUCUGUCGACGCAGGCAUUCCUCGCAACGUUGCAUCGAUUCACUGCGCGUCGUGGCAAACCAUCGCUGAUAAUGUGCGACAACGGGACGAACUUCGUCGGCGCUCGACGGAAGCUGGAUGAGCUAGCCCAGCUGUUCGUGAGUCAGCAGUUUACGGAUGCAGUGCUUCGGCAGACGAUAGAGGACAGAAUCGAGUUUCGGUUCAUUCCAGCCCGCUCACCGAACUUCGGAGGACUGUGGGAAUCAGCGGUAAAGUCGUUCAAGACGCUGUUCAAGCGAACGAUUGGCACUCGCACCCUGGAAUACGACAAGAUGCAAACGGUGCUGGUGCAGACAGAGGCAAUUUUGAAUUCAAGACCGCUGACCCCGAUCAGCAACGAUCCAGACGACUUCGAGGCCCUCACCCCUGGACAUUUCUUAAUCCAGCGGCCGCUGACGGCCAUUCCGGGACCCGAUCUUGGUGGAGUUCCGGAGAACAGACUUUCGGCUUGGGAAAGAAUGACAGAGUUCACCCAGAGGUUGUGGAAGAAAUGGUCGGAGCAGUAUCUGUCCAACCUCCACAAUCGGACGAAAUGGACGAGGCAGAGGAACAACAUAGCUGUUGGCACUAUGGUUGUUUUGAAAGAGGAGAAUUUGCCACCCUUGAAGUGGCAGUUGGCACGGGUGACCGAGGUUCACCCUGGGUCUGACGGAAACAUUAGAGUUGUGACCGUGCGGACCAAAGACGGCAGUUACCAGCGAGCGAUCUCCAAGAUCUGUGUGCUGCCAAUCCGAGACAAUUUUCCAUCUGGCGAAGGGGAGAACUAG